AUGAUGGAUUCUUCCAAAUCUGAGUAUUCUGAAAAACUUCGCACUGUUCGUGGACUUUUAAUAUAUAAAGAUUUUGCUGAAAAUUGGGAUAAUGUGGAGGCAUUCCAGGCAAGGCCAGAUGAUCUGCUUAUUGCCACCUAUCCCAAAUCUGGCACAACCUGGGUUAGUGAAAUUGUAGACUUGAUCUAUAAAGACGGUAAUGUUGACAAGUGCAAAGAAGAUGCCAUUUUUAAUCGAAUACCUUUCUUGGAAUGCAAAAAUGAAGAGCACUUUGAUGGAAUAAAACAACUAAAAAAUAUGGCAUCUCCUAGGAUAGUGAAGACUCAUCUCCCACCUGAAUAUCUUCCAGUCUCAUUUUGGGAAAAGAACUGCAAGAUGAUCUAUCUUUGCCGGAAUGUCAAGGAUGUGGCUGUUUCUUAUUAUUAUUUCCAUUUAAUGAUACCUGCUCAUCCAAAUCCUGGAACAUUUCCAGAGUUUGUGGAGAAAUUCAUGGAUGGAGAAGUUCCUUAUGGUUCCUGGUAUAAACAUGUAAAAUCUUGGUGGGAAAAGAGUAAAAGCCCAAAUGUGCUAUUUCUUUUCUAUGAAGACAUGCAAGAGGAUAUUAGAAAAGAAGUGAUAAAAGUGAUUCAUUUCCUGGGAAGGAAGCCAUCAGAGGAGCUUGUGGAUACUAUUGUGAAUCACACUUCUUUCCAAGAGAUGAAGAAUAAUCCAACUACCAAUUACACAGCAAUACCAGAGAAAUUUAUGAACCAGAAAGUAUCCCCCUUCAUGAGAAAGGGGAUAGUAGGAGACUGGAAGAAUCACUUUACAGUAGCUCUGAAUGAAAGAUUUGAUGUGCACUAUGAGCAGGAAAUGAAAGGGUCGACACUGAAAUUACAAACCCAGAUCUGAAGGGCUUCCUUGUCUUAACAUUUCUGAGAGUAAAUUUUCUUUUCGGCAUUCCUCACUU